AUGGUUUGUCAAGUCUCUCUCCUCCCUCUUGCAAUAAUCUUAGUCCUCCUUCCAUCACAACCGACACUUUCCAAUUCAAUCAGCCGGCCCGGCUGCCCCGAUCGGUGUGGAAAUUUACCGAUACCAUUCCCGUUCGGAGUCGGGUCGGAUUGCUCUUUAGAUUCGUCAUUCAACAUAAGUUGCGAUAAUCUUUCCAAUCCUCCCAAAGCGCUCCUCAUUAGUGUUCGGAGUGGUACAGAGCUGAUUGAAAUAAAGGAAUUUCAAGUUCGGAUUAAUUUAGCCAACCUGGUUUGGUCUUGCUACACCCAAACUGGAAUAGAUGGGCUGGAUGCGGGGUUUAUAGUGAAUUACGAUAUUAGUGGAGGAGGUCAAUACACGUUCUCGGAUGGGAACCGGGUUAUUGCUAUCGGCUGCGACGACGCUGUGGCGUUCAACGGAGAAGCCAGCGGCCGGAAAUUCGCCGGCGGGUGCACAGCUGUUUGUGACAGCAAUAAUGGUUCAGCUGCGAUUUGUCCAAAUAGUAGUGAUGCCAAUGAGCUCGGUAGCGGCUGUUGCCAGACGCCUAUUCCUAAAGGAACAACUAUAGUUUCACUAACAUUAGCAGAUCUACACCAAAAGUGGGGGCGAGACAGAAAGCUUUUCAACUGCAGCUACGCCUUUCUAGGAGAAAAGGGCGACAUAGAUCGACGCCUCACCCAACUGACUGAUUCAAAGUCUUUACGAGGAGAGAGUAAGAAUUGGUUUGGGAAUUAUACGCCGCGAGUGGUGCUGGAUUGGAGAAUCGGAGGCGAGAGUUGCAGCCGCGCAAAUCAAAGUCGUUCAACUUACGUGUGUGCAGAGAAUAGUGAAUGUGUUGAUUUUGGUUCUGAUGUUGGUGGCUACAAUUGCCGCUGCUUACGAGGAUAUCAAGGCAACCCUUACCUCUCCCCUGGAUGUCUAGAUAUUGAUGAAUGUUCAAAUCAUACACUAAACCCAUGCGAUUCAAAUUCAAUUUGCGCAAACACUCCUGGCUCUGUUAAUUGCACGUGUCGAAAAGGAUAUCAUGGUGAUGGAUUGUCCAACGGUAAGGGCUGCACUCGGGAGCCACCUUCAGAAAUGAUCAUCAAAUUAUUAAUAGGUCUGGCCUGUGGGUUGGGAUUUCUGUUACUCUUGCCAAUUUGUUUUUGGUUGCACAAGGAGCUGAAGAAGCGAGAGACUAGAAGGCGCAAAGAAAAUCUCUUCCAAAGCCUUCUCUUACAACAUCAAACAAAUGAAGAUACAUUUGGAAGAACCAAGCUUUUUCUAGCAAAGGAGCUAGAGAAAGCUACGGAUAACUUCAACGAAAAUCGAAUUCUUGGAAGAGGAGGGCAAGGUGUAGUCUACAAAGGAAUGCUAUCCAAUGGUACAAUUGUAGCAAUCAAAAAACUGAAGGAGGUUGAUGAGAAUCAAGUGGAGCAAUUCAUAAACGAGGUUGUGAUAUUAUCACAAAUCAAUCAUAGGAAUGUCGUCAAAUUGUUGGGUUGUUGCUUGGCGUUUGAGGUUCCUCUCCUCGUAUACGAGUAUGUGCCUAAUGGGACACUUUUUGAUCUCAUUCAUCAAACAGAACUUCCAAUCUCGUGGAACAUGCGCAUAAAAAUCGCGACAGAUAUAGCAGGUGCGGUGGCUUACUUACAUUUUGCAUCAUCAGUCCCCAUCUAUCACAGAGACAUCAAGUCCACAAACAUCCUUAUGGAUGAAAAGUAUGUUGUCAAAGUAUCGGAUUUCGGAACAUCCAAAUUUGUUGCAGUAGACCAAACUCACCUGACCACGCUGGUGAAAGGUACAUUCGGAUAUUUAGAUCCAGAGUAUUUCCAGACGAGCCAAUAUACAGACAAGAGCGAUGUUUAUAGCUUUGGAGUAAUUCUUGUCGAGCUUCUGACAGGACAACGGGCCAUAUCUUUAGAUGUAUCACAAGAAAGAAAUCUUGCAACACGAUUUCUUGCAUGUAUGGAAGCAGACAAUCUUGAUGCCAUAAUAGAUUCCCAAGUUUCCAAGCAAGCUAAGAAAGAAGAGGUGAUUGCAGUUGCAAGGCUUGCAAAAAGGUGCUUGAACAUCACAGGGAGAAUGAGGCCAAACAUGAAGGAAGUAGCUAGAGAAUUGGAAAGUUUGACUAUAUCUCAACUGUCUGCAAAUGUUACACCUGAAAUCGAAGAAGCAACCAUGUACGAAGCAAAGUCAGUUUUGGUUCCAAACAUUGAUUACACUUGGACAAGUGGUGACAGUGUCUCCUCAUCAUCAGAUGCACAUCCUCUAAUGUCCACAAAAUUUUAACCUUAUGUGUUUUAAACUUAUUGUUCAAUUUCUUGAAUCUGUGCCAAUAAAAUUGACAUUUGACACUAUAUGUAACAUGUAUGUAAAUAUAUUUGGACUCACCAUUUGUUUUUGUGAGGAGAAGCAGGACAGCACAUACCAUAAUGCUGUGCACUAAAAAAAGAAGAGAAUGAACUCUUUUCUCCUAA